GAAGACUUAGACAUCUCUUAUAAACAAACCACGAAAUUGCUAAACAAUGCGGUAUUUCGAAACUCCAAAGCACAAAGGAAUUGAUCUAUUGAGACAGCACGAUGAAACGGAGUAAGAAUGCAUGUGAUCGAGAAAAUCAUUCCGUAAACAUAAGAAGGUAGCAAGGACUUUCAGGCAACUGUGCAGAAUCCUGUUACCUUUAUGUCGUAUUCCCAAUUGAGAAAUCGGCAGACCGGACAAACAAAAGAUGAAAGCCCGUUCGGACCGCCCAACUCCAUUGACCCAACACCAGCGUGCCAUCCUUGCCAGCUCACUCCAUUGCCUUAUUGGUUGGCUGAAGGCAUGAUUUCAAAUUGCGUAUCUGAUGGAGCCAUCUUUGAACCGUAGGCUUAAGCUUCUCCGUCGGAGGCGGGAUCUAGGGACUCUGCAGCCACCGCAUCUUUAGUAUAUAACAAGACACGCGUCGCUGUCGGAAAAAAUGGGCAAGCAGCACUCUCUGACUUUUGUUCAAUCUUCAUCAUGACUACUACUUCCGGAAACACUUCGUCCAUCACUCUUGAAAAAGAGGUACUUCAAAAUGAUGGCGCGAAGGUGAGAGGAGCCACCGGUGGAGGUCAAUUGACAUCGCCGCUGUUCAACGGAGAGCCUGAGGUUCCACCUCUUCCUGUCAAUCCAGAUAUUGAAGUCUCAGAAUAUAUUACCGGGAUUCGCUUACAUCUCGUUCUCGUUGGAGUUACUGCUGUUAUGUUUCUCGUCAUGCUCGACAUGACAAUCGUUGUAACGGCAAUUCCUAGCAUUUCGAAUGACUUCGACUCUAUCAAAGACAUUGGCUGGUAUGGGACGGCGUACUUACUCUGCUCUGCUGCUUUGCAGCCCCUCACUGGAAAACUGUACCAGUACCACACUUCAAAGAAACUCUUCCUUGGUGGUGUUUUGAUUUUCGAAAUCGGCUCAUUGAUCUGCGCUCUAGCAAAGAAUUCAAAUACGUUCAUCGUUGGGAGAGCAAUCUCCGGGAUUGGUUCAUCAGGACUGUCGGUUGGGAUGCUUACCAUUCUUGCAUCCUCGGCUCCUCUGGCCAAGAGGCCUCUUUACUUGGGCUUCAUGAUGGGCGUGGGUUCACUCGGACUGGUCCUUGGUCCAGUCAUCGGAGGCAUCUUAUCUCAACAUGCAUCAUGGCGCUGGUGUUUCUGGAUCAAUUUGCCUAUUGGCGGCAUAACGGCUGCUCUACUUACCUUCAUCCACAUACCAAAUGCGAAAUUGGUCAUCGCCGAUAAGCCAACACCAUUACAAACCUUCGACCGCCUCGACUUACCUGGUUUCACGCUCUUUGCGCCAGGAUGCGUGAUGCUCCUCCUAGCUGUUCAAUGGGGAGGCGUCACAUAUGCCUGGAGCUCUGCGAAAGUCAUCGGAAUGCUGGGUGGAUCUGUUGUGCUUAUCAUCAUAUUCUUUAUCUGGGAAGGACGUCGUGGUGAUACCGCUAUGAUUCCAUAUUUCCUGCUCAAGAAUAGGGUCGUCAUCUGCGCGUGUGUCACCAUGACUUUAUCACAAGGCUCGCUCAUGGUAGUUACUUACUACAUUCCGCUCUGGUUCCAAGUAGUGAAAAAUACAAGCCCGACAAUGGGUGGAGUCUAUUACUUGCCUUCUGUGGGCUCCCAAAUCAUUGGCUCCAUCAUGACCGGCGCUUUGACUUCAAAGCUUGGUGUCUACACCCCCUUUGCAAUUGCUGGGACAGCUCUGACGUCGAUCUCCUUCGGCCUCUUCAGCACAUUGACACCAACGUCGAACGCCGGAAUGUGGGUUGGCUACCAAAUCAUCUCAGGCUUCUCUCGCGGUCUCACCAUGCAGCAGCCUCUCACGGCAAUCCAAGCCGUGAUCCCGAAAUCCAGACUCGCAGUCGCCAACUCAUUCCUGAUGUUUUGUCAACUUCUCGGAGGUGCUCUCUUCGUGUCUUUCGGACAGACAAUCUUCUCCAAUUCAUUAAAACCUGCUUUGAAGCAUUACGCUCCAGAUGUCGACCCCGAGACCGUGUAUGCCGUCGGAGCUUCGGCGUUCAGGACAGUAAUCACAAAGGAGCAGGUGAGGGGUGUUGUACUGGCGUAUAAUGACGCAUUUAAUAAGGUAUUUUAUCUUGGUGCUGGAGCUACGGUCAUUGCGUUUGGCUCGAGCUUCGGUCUUGGUUGGACUAAUCUGAAAACGAAGAAGGCGCAGGAGGAUGUUGAGAGUGUGAAGCUUCAACAUGUGAAGCCUAAGUUAGUUGCCGGCGGGUAA